UUUAACCCUUCCUUUAUCUUUCUUUUUCCCUAUAAAGGGAAUAUUUAACCCUUCCCUUAUCCUUAUUUUUCCCUAUAAAGGGAAUAUUUAUCCAUGCCCUUAUCCUCUUAUUCCCUAUAAAGGGAAUAUUUAACCCUUCCCUUAUCCUUCUUUUUCCCUAUAAAGGGAAUAUUUAACCCUUCCCUUAUCCUUCUUUUUCCCUAUAAAGGAAAUAUUUAUCCCUUCCCUUAUCCUCUUAUUCCCUAUAAAGGGAAUAUUUAACCCUUCCCUUAUCCUUCUUUUUCCCUAUAAAGGGAAUAUUUAACCCUUCCCUUAUCUUAUUCCCUAUAAAGGGAAUAUUUAACCCUUCCCUUAUCCUCCUCUUUUUCCCUAUAAAGGGAAUAUUUAACCCUUCCCUUAUCAUUCCUAUUCCCUAUAAAGGGAAUAUUUAACCCUUCCCUUAUCCUUCUUUUUCCCUAUAAAGGGAAUAUUUAACCCUUCCCUUAUCCUCUUAUUCCCUAUAAAGGGAAUAUUUAACCCUUCCCUUCUCCUCUUUUUCCCUAAAAAGGGAAUAUUUAACCCUUCCCUUAUCCUUCCUAUUCCCUAUAAAGAGAAUAUUUAACCCUUCCCUUAUCCUUCUUAUUCCCUAUAAAGGGAAUAUUGGUAGCAAAGUUGAAAUUUAGCCAGUUGAUGAAGUAGGGGGUCGUUAUUUUGAUUUUUUUCGGCACCAAAUUGCAGAAAUCUGGCUUUUUAAAAAAUUUGGUUGGCGUCAGAAAAUUCAUUUGGCUUUUUUACAUGUAAAAAUUAUCUGCUCGAAAAUUACAUACCAUCCUUUUUUUAAACCGUUUUCCAUUAAGGGAAGUCUUCUUUGUGGUCAGUUACAUUUGGCAAUAUUUCUGCAGCCAAGAGUCUGGGCAGGAAGGUAGUGAUUUAUAACCAUACAUAUUGUCCAUGAAGUGUACUUUCUUUACCUAAUAACGUUUUAGACAGUAGACAAUAGGUGCAGGAGUAGGCCAUUCGGCCCUUCGAGCCAGCCCUGGGGUUUUGUGGUGAAACUGUGACACCACCGGCUGUUUAUUUAUAAAUCAUUUACUAUCAGCAACCAUGCCGUCAAAGAGACGCAAAGUUUCUUACGAUAACGAGCGUAAGUACAGUAGCAAAUGGGAAGAGAUAUUUGUGUGGGUCCAAAAGGCUGCUGAUGGAUCGGGGGCAGCUUAUUGUACAUUGUGUGACUGCAAUAUUGUGCCAAGAAUUUGCAACCUCUCAAAGCAUCACAACACGGAGAAACACAAGCUGAAAACUCCAUUGCAAGACCAGACGCAAUUUGAUGUAAAACAGUCUCCUCGCCAAGAUAACGAUAAAGUUAAGACAGACCCUGCAGCCGCCGCUGGUCAAGAAACCCGAGGCCCGCCCGCCAUACAGUCCGCAGCUCAGAGAAGUUUGAAAGAGGCGAUGCAGAACGCUGCAAAGGAGUUCCUGGCCUUUGUGGAUGAAGGAGUAUCCCCCUAUCACGUUAUUGAAGCCUGCAAGCGGCGCCUGCGAACCGCUGGCUUCCAGGAGCUGAAGGAGGCCGAUCACUGGGAUGUGGAACCUGCCAGCAAGUACUAUAUGACCAGGAACUAUUCGACUAUAAUCGCCUUUGCCGUGGGAGGCAAGUACAAGGCAGGCAAUGGGUUCAGUAUGGUUGGUGCACACACGGACAGUCCGUGUUUACGGGUGAAGGUCAGGUCCAAGAAGAUACACGCGGGCUACCUCCAGGUGGGGGUGGAAUGUUACGGCGGUGGCAUCUGGAACACCUGGUUUGACCGGGACCUCACCGUGGCUGGCAGGGUUUUGGUGAAGACGGCCUCAGGUGUGGAGCAACACCUGGUCCACGUGCGUGACCCCAUCCUUCGAAUCCCACACCUGGCCAUCCACCUGCAGCGAGACAUGAACGACAGCUUCGGACCCAACAAGGAGACUCACCUGGUGCCGAUCCUUGCCACAGCUGUACAAGAACAGCUGGAGACGGGAGUGAAGUCAAGCGGGAACGCCUGUGAGGCCACCCAAAUGAGUGAGAAGCACCAGCCUGUCCUGCUCAACCUGAUCUCCUCGGAGCUGGGGGUGGAGGUGGACGACAUCGUAGACUUUGAGCUGUGCCUGGCUGAUACACAGCCCUCGGCCCUGGGUGGUGCUUUCAAGGAGUUUAUAUUUGGUCCACGCCUGGACAACCUCCACAGUUGCUACGGAGCCCUGCAGGGCCUGAUUGAAUCUUGUCAGGAAAAUGGCACGCUGACAGAUGACACCAACAUCCGAGUGAUUACCCUGUUCGACAAUGAGGAGGUGGGCAGUGGCAGCGCGCAAGGUGCCGCAUCCUCCCUGACGGAGUUGAUCCUUCGCCGUCUCUCGGCCUGCGAGCUGAACCGCACCGCCUAUGAGGAAGCCAUCGCCAAGUCCUUCAUGGUCAGCUCCGACAUGGCCCACGCCCUGCACCCCAACUACCAAGACAAACACGAGGAGAAUCUCAGGCCGGCUCUGCAUAAGGGCCCCGUGCUUAAGUUUAACAGCAACCAGCGCUAUGCCUCCACCUCCGUGACGGCUGCCGUUAUGCGAGAGAUCGCUAAGCGAGUGGGCGUCCCUCUCCAGGACGUGAUGGUGAGGAACGACAGCCUGUGUGGGACUACGAUCGGGCCGCUACUGGCCUCGGCCCUGGGGGUGAGAGUGGUGGACAUUGGCAGCCCCCAGCUGGCCAUGCACUCCAUCCGUGAGAUGUGCUGCACCUCCAGUGUCCACCACACCAUCACGCUGCUCAAGGGAUUCUUUGACCACUUCCCGUCUGUGAACAGCAGCCUGAUCGUUGACUGAGACUCGGAUGCUGACGGCGUGUUCAACAUCUCCAGACAAGACCCACCCGGUCCAAUCAAGAAUCUAUCUUAUCUCUGCCUUAAAAAAUAUCCACUGACUUGUGGCCUCCACAGCUGUCUGUGGCAAAGAGUUCCCACAGAUUCACCACCCUCUGGCUAAAGAAAUUCCACCUCAUCUCCUUCCUAAAAGAACGUCCUUUAAUUUUGAGGCUGUGCCCUCUGCUCCUAGACUCUCCCACUAGUGGAAACAUCCUCUCCACAUCCACUGCAUCCAGGCCUAUCGCUAUUCGGUAACGUUUCAAUGAGGUUCUCCACCCCCAUCCCCUCAUCCUUCUAAACUCCAAAAACGCUGAUCGUAUGUUAACCCACUCAAUCCUGGGAUCAUUCUGGCAAACCUCCUCUGGACCCUCUCCAGAGCCAGCACAUCCUCGGAUAUGGGGCCCAAAAUUGCUCACACUAGUCUAAACCAUAUUCUCCUCGCACCCCCCCACCCCACAACACAUUUUUCUUUCUUGACUUCCCAACUCGCUGGAUCGGGCUCUUGUGUGGAUUCUCCCCCAGAUGUCGUUACUGGAACGAAGUCUGGGCUUCAGGUUAAUGUGGCCUUUCCUCACUUGCCUUGCUACACUUCCAUCAACUUGUUUAAUCCCCUACAGUGAGUGACACAGUUCAAAUAUAUUUAGUUUACAAAUGAAAGAAAAGAUCACUGUGUUCAUAAUGUUUCUUAAAAUGCAUCGCUUCUCUUCAAUAAACUGAAAUUCAAA